CUUGACAGAAGUGACACAAGCAGCAAAGACAGAGCUGCACAGACCACAACCCGCCCAACCCGAGAGAGACAAAAACUGCGGCACAAACUUUUAACUGAAACCCUGAGAAACUUCUUCAGAGAUCUGACAGAGGCACAGGCGUCCCCCCAGUUUCCACUUCUUAAAACCUUGGACAGAGGAGACUGACGGUAUUGUCUUUCAAAACCUGUCUCCUUUAUUUCUCUCCCUCUUUUUCUUCCUCUCUUUCUCCCAGUAUGGCGGCGUGGGACCUGUCAGUCACGGUGGAGGACCUGGGGCCCGACACCCCACCUGUCACCCUCAGCGUGACCUCUGACCUCCACGUCGGAGGGGUCAUCCUCAAGCUAGUGGAAAAGACACAGAUCAAGCGUGAUUGGUCAGACCAUGCUCUGUGGUGGGAGCAGAAGCAGCGGUGGCUGCUGCGGACAGCCUGGACUCUGGAGAAAUACGGCAUCCACGCCGACGCCCGGCUGGUCUUCAUGCCCCAGCACAAGCCCCUGAAGCUGGGUCUGCCCAACGGCAUCACCCUGAGGCUCCGGGCCUGCUUCUCUAACCCCGUCUUCCAGACCGUGAUAGGCAUCUGCAGAAUGCUCAACAUCCGUCACCCCGAGGAGCUCUCCCUCCUUCGGCCCCUAGAGGAGAAGAAGAAGAAGAAAGAUAAAGACUCGACAGUGGAGAUCUACGACCUGACCGAGGUGCCCCUCUCCUCGGUGUCCCGGCCCUGCCUGUAUAACGGCAUGCCAGCUCACUUUGCUGACUCACCUCAGAUGGAGGCAAUCUACAAGAUGCUGUCAGUUACUCAGCCUCCACCCGCCCCAGAGGUCAUAGCCAAGCAGUACCGCCCAGCCAGUGUGGUGGACAAGGCCCACAUCAACGGCAGGUGGUUGGACUCAUCUCGUUGUCUUAUGCAGCAGGGCAUCCAAGAAAAUGACAAACUCUGGCUUCGCUUCAAAUACUUUGCCUUCUACGACAUAGAACCCAAGUAUGAUGUUGUGCGUCUGACCCAGCUGUAUGAACAGGCUCGCUGGGCCAUCCUGCUGGAGGACAUCGACUGCACCGAGGAGGAGAUGAUGCUGUUUGGAGCUCUGCAGUACCACAUCAGUAAGGUGUCUCAGUCAGAGCCUCAGCUGCUGAGCUCCAGUGCUGCCAUGGACGACCUGGAGUCAGCCCUGCAGUCCCUGGAAGUCAAGAUGGAGGGAGAGAGCAGUUCUGCGUCCGAGAUGCUGGAAAACAUGACUGCGCCAGAACUCAAUGACUAUCUGAAGAUAUUCAGGCCAAAGAGGCUCACACUGAAGGGAUACAAACAGUACUGGUUUAAGUUCCAGGAUACUUCAAUCUCUUAUUUCAAGAGCAAAGAGGAGAGCAUCGGAGAGCCCAUUCAACAGAUAAACCUCAAAGGAUGUGAAGUGGCUCCUGACGUUAACAUGGCUGCACAGAAGUUCCUUAUCAGACUCCUGAUCCCGGCGCCUGAGGGCAUGAACGAGGUGUAUCUGCGCUGUGAAAAUGAGCAGCAGUACGCACAGUGGAUGGCUGCGUGUCGGCUGGCCUCCAAAGGCAAGAGCCUCGCAGACAGCAGUUACCAGAGUGAAAUACAGAGCAUCCACUCCUUCCUCGCAAUGCAGAAGACCAACUCCGGUUCCCAUGGCAACGCAGCUGCCAGCGAUGAGAGCAUCAAUACCCACAGUCUGGUAUCGCCACGCUACCAUAAGAAGUACAAAGCCAAACAGCUGACCCCUCGUAUCCUGGACGCAUACCAGAAUGUCGCUCAGUUCUCACUGACUGAGGCAGUGAUGCGCUUCCUGCAGAUCUGGCAGGCCCUUCCCGACUUUGGCCUCUCAUACGUCGUUGUCAGGUUCAAGGGAAGCCGAAAAGACGAGGUUUUGGGCAUCGCCCCCAACCGCCUGAUCCGUAUCGACCUCGGGGUGGGUGAUGUGGUCAAGACCUGGCGCUACAACAACAUGAAGCAAUGGAACGUCAACUGGGACAUAAAACAGAUGGCCAUUGAGUUUGAGGGCAAUGUCAACAUUGCCUUCAGCUGCGUAACCGCUGACUGCAAAAUCGUUCACGAGUUUAUUGGAGGCUACAUUUUCAUGUCGACGCGCAGUCGUGAGAAGAGCGACACGCUCAACGAGGAACUCUUCCACAAGCUGACCGGCGGCCACGAAGCUCUCUAAGACUAAAACACACAAACACAAUAAGAUGCCUACAUCAGAUCUCCUGAGUGUCUCAACAGUGGAAACCAUGUGGAAUAGGAUGUUACAUGCGUUCAGGCAACCACAGAAGAUCAGAAUAGCAUAACAAAGGGUCAAAAUAACAUAUUCUGGUCAUGUGUAAAUGUGUAAACCCACCUUAUCCAUUCAAGUUCUUAUCUAGCCUUUGUUCUACACACACUGUUAUUUGUGAGCUACAUCAGAGGAUGGAGGACUUCACAUGUUCAGACAGACUCCAGCGGUCCUCGUGCUGACUUCCACUUUCGUUCAGGAUGGACUGCUGCUGGGUCAAACUGCAGGUCAUCUGGUUCAGCAGCAGCAGGACCAAAUCACACUCAUGGAAAUGUAAAAUUAACACUUGGAUAAGCCAGCAGCUACUUUUCAUUUUCAUCUCCUUGUAUCCAGAGUUGUAAUCACUAUUAUUCACGAUGCAAAGCCUUACUUUUUCCAGAGCUGCAGUGUUAUCGUCACUUAGACUUUUGUUAGAAAUUGGUGGCACAUUACAGCAGCACCCACAUUAUGAUUAGAGUCAAUGAGAGCAUAAAAUUCAUGCCAGUAUGAAAUGUUUACCACAUACACAUUAUGAAUAAAUAAACAUUUAUUAAAAUAAAUACAGCAAUUCACUUUU